ACGAGCUACUGGGCGGACUGCACGCCGGCCGCCACUGACGCGCUGCUGCGGCCUGUGACGCGCUUCUGGCUGCAGGAGACGCUGCGGCUCGGGCGCUGGCUGCGGACCGACAGUCACCCGUUCUUCGAGCCGCCGCCCAGACCUGCAGAUUUGUGGCUGCAGUACCCCAGAGACUACCAGGACGCAACAGGGCAGGAGCAGGUCGACGGCGACGGCGACGUCAACAUGGAGACGCCCACCGCUACUGCAGAGCACAGGAUGCAGCUGCCCUGCUCACCCAACUGCAUCUUCAGAGACGAAGUGCCGCUGUGGCCCUACUUCACAGCCUUCCUGGCGCAGCCGAUACGAGACGUCCACGAACUCGCAGCCAGACUGCAACUGUACGGGCCG